CACAUGCGCGCGGCGGGCGGGCGGUGGCGUGGCCCGCGGGGACGGUGAACCCUCGGGGCUGGCUUGCGGGUGGUGUAGGCGUUUAUCUGGAACCCGGUUUCUGGAACCUGUAGAGUACGUCUCCAUCCCGGCGUCUCCGGAGGGCUGAAGACGGCACAGGGAACAUCGACCUUUCCUUCGUCAGGCCAAAGAUGCCUCUCUUUGGGAACACGUUCAGCCCGAAGAAGACUCCACCUCGGAAGUCUGCCUCUCUGUCCAACCUGCAUAACUUGGAUCGGUCAACCCGGGAGGUGGAGCUGGGCCUUGACUAUGGAACCCCCACCAUGAACCUGGCUGGACAAAACCUGAAGUUUGAGAAUGGCCACUGGAUAGCAGAGGCAGGGAUCAGUGGAGGCGUGGACCAGAGGGAGGCUCUGCGCCUCCGGAAGCGGAACCAGCAGUUGGAAGAAGAGAACAGUUUGUUGCAGAUGAAAGUGGACCUCCUGCUUGACAUGUUCUCCGAGACCACUGCCGAAUUCCAAAUAAUGAAGAAGGAACUGAAUGAACUGAAGAGUGUCAACCGGAGAAGGAAGUGAAGGCCUCCAGAAACACUCGUUAGGAGAAUAGGGAGAAAUCUGCUAAUCAGGGAGUUUUUCUUUUUUGUUUGUUUGUUUUGUUUUGCUUUUUUUAGCCAAACUAGUGGAGUUGGUCCUGGGAGAGAAUGCCAUGUAAUGGGACUCUCAGUUGUGAUUCACAAACUUCCCUUCCAGCGUUUGGUGCAAGAAAUCGCUCAGGACUUGAAAACGGAUGUGCGCUUCCCGAGUGCAGCUACUGGUGCUCUGCAGGAGGCGAGUGAGGCCUAUCUGGUUGGCCUUUUUGAAGACACCAGCCUUUGUGCUGUCCAUGGCAACCAUGUAACAAUUACGCCAAAAGACAUUCAGCUAGCAUGCCGCAUACAUGGAGAAUGUGCUUAAAAUCCACUAUGAUGGGAAACAUUUCCUUGUUUUAAAAAAAAAAUCUCUUCCUGUUAUUGGUAGUUCUGAAUGUUUUCUCUCCCCCACCCCCCACGUGGACUCAAAAGGUAUCUAAGUAUACGAGCAAGUGGAAAAUAGGGAACAGAGGAAGUGAGAAAUCAGGUGUUGGCAGUUUUUCCAUUUUCAUUUGUGUGUGAAUUUUUAAAAUAUAAAUGUGGGGACAGAAAGCAUUAACACAGGUCAAAAUGUUCCAGUGAACAAUUUUAGCAGUUCAACUUUAUGACAAUAUAAAUAACCCUGCUAAAUUUUUUCUGGAUAAUGCCAGCGUUGGAUUUUUAAAAACAAGUAAAUUUCUUAUUGAUGGCAACUAAGUGGUGUUCGUAGCAUUUUUUAUCACAGUAGAUUUCAUCCAUUCACUAUACUUUUCUGAGCUGUCCCACAUGCAAGCACGUUUUUAAUGUCUUCUGGGCUGUUCCUGUAAGUUUGCUAUUAAAAUACAUUAAUCUAUAAUUAAAAAUAAAAUAAAUGGGAUCCAUGGGAGGUGUGUUAAAAAUGCAGGUUUCUGAACCCGCGAAAUCCCCUAACAGGAAUUACUGCAGAAUUACUCCGUAAUUUAGAAAGUUUACCCGGUCUUCAUUUCCACUGAAAUCUCAGCUGCCUCCUGACUCCGGGCCAGAGGGCGUCGCUCGCCUGCAGCGCUCCGGCCUCCGGCUCCCGGAAGGCGCUCUAUCCUCCGCUCCGCGCUACACUCGCCUCCCUUCCGGUUCCGGUGUCUCCUUACAGCCAUGGCUGCCGCCGUUGCCGCCGCUGGCCCCGGAGCUCCCCUGUCCCCAGACGAAUUGCCUCCGAAGGGUGAUGCCGAGAGGACUGAAGAGGAGCUGGAAGAGGAAGACGACGAGGAGCCAGAUGAGACCCUGUUGGAAAGACUCUGGGGUCUGACGGAGAUGUUUCCGGAGAGGAUCCGGUCCGCAGCCGGAGCCACUUUUGAUCUCUCCUUCUUUGUGGCUCAAAAAAUGUACAGGUUUUCUAGGGCAGCCUUGUGGAUCGGGACAACUUCCUUCAUGAUCCUGGUUCUCCCUGUUGUCUUCGAGACCGAGAAGCUGCAGAUGGAGCAGCAGCAGCAACUGCAGCAGCGGCAGAUACUUCUAGGGCCUAACACGGGGCUGUCAGGAGGAAUGCCAGGGGCUCUACCUUCACUUCCUGGAAAGAUCUAGAUUGUUACUGCUGUAGCUGACCUGUCUUGGCAGGAGAAGUUUGAAAAUUCAAUAGUGUUUGAACUCCUGAUGUUUUGUUUUUUCUUUGAAACUUGGGUACACUGGCCUAUCCAAACCUGGUUGGACUCCCUACUUGCAACUGUGCCCUCCAAGCCGUCCUGACUUACUAGUUCUGUCCUCACUCCGAUACCAGAGUGCGGCAGCACAGGCGGUUCCUCCACUCUGGCCAUCCCAUGUCUUUUGCUAAAUUGACUCCCAACCAGAUCUCAGUAGCUGAUGUGGGGGCCAUUGGGAAGGACGUACCCCUGACCGUUACCAGCUGUUGUUUUGAUGUGCACACUGAGAGAAAUACAAACGCAUUAUAGCUGCAGUGUAAAAGCAGCCACUGUGAAUUUCUGUGUAUUUUGGAAAAGAUGGCAGGCUGGCGGCAGCUUAAAAGCACAGGAUGGGGACGGGAGGGCAGAGCAGCUUACUUCCACUGCACAUUUUGGCUGUUAGACCUGUGUGUGCGUCUAAGACAGUAAGAGCCAGUGCUCACUUUUAUAUUUAAAUAUUAAAAAUGAUUCCAGCCC